UCUCCGUUUUUGUUUCGCUCUGUGUUUGUGCUCUUGCCAAUGGCUCUGUGAUGCGGCUCGCGUCCCUCGAUGGCCAAGGUCUGGUCUGUGUUUUGCCGUCGCGUGUGUAUGCCUGAAUCCUGGAGCCUGUUGUUUGCCCAACAUCAUCCAGCUAUGACUCUAUCAACAUUUUUUGUGGUGCUUUUGAGCAAUGGUGCUCGUCUCUGGGAGACGUUAGUCUUGCUAUGGUUAUAUGGUCUGAGUUCGCCAAUAUGCUCAAUAAGCUGUCGGGGCAGCCGGAGAGCUACGAAAAAAAAGCGCUGUAUAAAUUCGGAAGGACAUUGGGUGCUGGCACAUAUGGCAUUGUCCGCGAGGCGGAAUGCAACCAGGGUAAAAAGGUUGCGGUCAAGAUUAUCCUGAAGAAGAAUGUUCGCGGGAACGAGCGCAUGGUCUACGAUGAGCUGGAGAUGCUGCAGGCGCUCAACCACCCCAACAUUGUCCACUUUGUCGACUGGUUCGAAUCCAAGGACAAAUUUUACAUUGUCACUCAAUUAGCCACUGGUGGUGAGCUGUUUGACAGAAUUUGCGAGUACGGCAAGUUCACUGAGAAGGAUGCUUCUCAGACCAUCCGACAGGUUCUUGACGCUGUCAACUAUCUGCACGAGAGAAACAUUGUCCACCGAGACUUGAAACCCGAGAAUCUCCUCUAUCUCACCCGUGACCCUCACUCUCCCUUGGUUCUGGCGGAUUUCGGUAUUGCCAAAAUGUUGGAAACCCCGACCGAGGUCCUCACCAGCAUGGCUGGAUCGUUCGGUUAUGCCGCUCCUGAGGUCAUGCUCAAGCAGGGCCACGGCAAGGCUGUCGACAUGUGGUCUCUGGGUGUUAUCACAUAUACCCUCCUCUGUGGAUACUCGCCCUUCCGGUCCGAAAACCUGUCCGACUUGAUCGAAGAAUGCCGUAGCGGUAAAAUCAUCUUCCACGAGCGUUACUGGCGCGAUGUCUCCAAGGAUGCCAAAGACUUCAUCCUCACCCUCCUCCAGCCCGAUCCUGCGCACCGUGUUACAUCCGAGGUUGCCCUGAAGCACGCCUGGUUGACCGGUGAAUCUGCUAGCGACCGUGACUUGCUGCCCGAGAUCCGUGCCUACAUUGCCAAGUCUCGCCUCAGACGCGGCAUCGAGAUCGUCAAGCUCGCCAAUCGCAUCGAGGCACUCAAGAUGCACGAAGAGGACGAAGAAGACAUCCCCAGCCCUGUCGCCAUGGCAGAAUCUUCGUCUGGUACAACUCCUUUCCCUGGACUUUCGAAUGCCAACGGCAAGUCGGCUGCCGGACCGUCCACUGAAGGUGAAACUGGUGCGACUAAGAAGCGAAGCUUGAGUAAGAUCGCACGCGGCGCGAUCUUCCGAGAGGUUGUCCUCGCCAAGGUACGAGAGGUGAAGGAAACCGAAGAAAGAGAAAAGAUGGAGCGCGAGGCCCGGGAAAAGGCUGCGCAUGCGCAUGAAUAAGAUCCUCUUCCCUCCUGCGCACCGCGUUUUUCUUCUGCUGGUCUGUUGAUUCGAUUCCCCUGCUUUCUUUUUUCAUGUCUGUUGGGCCGUGGUCCAUCGUCUGGAUUCCUUCGUGAAUAUAAUUUUUAUGAUUCCCCAUCCAUAAUGAAG